GUGUGAAAGCUGUGUGGAUUUACUGUUUGUGAGAGGAGCUGGAAACUGUCCUGAGUGUGGCACUCCACUUCGGAAGAGCAACUUCAGGGUACAGCUCUUUGAAGAUCCCACUGUUGACAAGGAAGUUGAGAUCAGAAAAAAAGUGCUAAAGAUAUACAAUAAAAGAGAAGAAGAUUUUCCUAGUCUAAGAGAAUAUAAUGAUUUCCUAGAAGAAGUGGAGGAAAUUGUUUUCAACUUGACCAACAAUGUGGAUUUGGAAAACACCAAAAAGAAAAUGGAACUAUACCAGAAGGAAAACAAAGAUAUCAUUCAGAAAAAUAAGUUAAAGCUGCACACGGGGCGGGGCCGGGCUUCCUCCUCCAGUCUGGCUUGGCGCCUGGCGGCUUCCUCCUCCGGUCUGGCUUGGCUGGCGCCCGGCGGCUUCCUCCUUCGGUCUGGCUUGGCUGGCGCCCGGCGGCUUCCUCCUCCGGUCUCUGUUAUGCUAUUCUUGACAGAAUUAAA